UUUUUUUUUUUGAGAAUUAAGUAAAAAAUAAGGCAUCUUUAAUUGUCACUUGUUAAAGUCCAAUUUGUUGAAGGAAUAGGUGUGAUCAUGACUUCAAAACUGCUUUUGAGAUGUACAAUGUGGGUAGCUUUCUUUAGUUGGGCAGCGGUGAAGUUAGGAAUCUAGCUCUUGGUAAUAAAUGUAAAAAAAUAUAGCUGUUAUUUACCUAUGUUAUCUAAAUAGGAACCCUUGAGUUUUUACAGCAUUACAGUGGUGACUUAGAACAGAGUCAGAAACUGUUUUUUAAGGGUUGGAUUCAAUUAUAUUAAAUAGUUCUAAAAAAUUGUGGAAGUAUGUACCUACAUAGAGUAAAAUCCAUUGUAAUUCAGCUAACAAAUUAAGAGCAUGGAGUGGGUCUCUUCUGAUUUUGUUUUUCUUUUUUACUUGGUACUCAUCUUACUUUACCUCUCCAUAGUAUCCAAAACUGAACUGAGUCCUUUGAGAUAUUAUUUUACCUUGGCUUCCUGACACAACACUUCCAUGGUUUCUUCUUCCUCUGGACACUCCUUUUCCAUAUUCUUGGCAGACUAAUUUUACUCUACCCACAUACUAAAUGUAGGAUUUUUUUCAAGGCUCAGUCUUGAGCCCUCUUUUCUUAUUCUGUACUCUCUCUGUAGGAAAUCUCACCCACACCCACAGCUCCAGUUUUCACCUGGGUGCACAUGAGUCAUAAAAUGGUAUCUCUAACCCAGACUUUUCCUCUGAUUUGCCUCUAUGGCCUGCAUGUCUACUUGAAAUUCUUUUUUGCUGUCUUACAGGAGUUUAUAAUCACAGUUCCUCUCCUACAAGCCACUCUUAUAGUGUUCCAUAUCUUAAAGAAUGGCACCACAAUUUAUUCAGUUAAGCAAAUCAAAAAUCUUGGAGUGAUUCUUAACUUCUUUCCUCUCACUCUUCAUAUUUGAACCACAUUACUGAGUCCUAUUUAUUUUAACUCUGGACUAUUUAUUUUAUCUCCGGAAUGCCUCUUAUAACUUGUUUACCUCUAUCUUUGACAGCAACUGAAAGCAGUCUACUAUCCUUUCUUAUAUGAACAAUUAAUAUGAAGUUAAAGCUGUGAAUGUGGAUUAGUGUUUCAUGUUCUUGUUUUUGUUCAUUUUUUAAUGAGCGUAAAUCAACUUGAAGAUUUUUGAUAUUAUGGCAGGGAGGAAGCAGAAUCGUAGUUUUCCUCUUCCAGGGAUUCAGUCAAGUGGGCAAGUACAUGCAUUUGGAAAUUGUACAGACAGUGAUGUGUUGGAGGAGGAUGCUGAAGUGUAUGAGCUUCGAUCCAGAGGAAAAGAAAAAGUUCGAAGAAGUACAUCAAGAGAUAGACUUGAUGACAUUAUAGUAUUAACAAAAGAUAUACAGGAAGGAGAUACUUUAAAUGCAAUAGCCCUUCAAUACUGUUGUACGGUAGCAGAUAUCAAGAGGGUUAACAAUCUCAUCAGCGAUCAAGAUUUUUUUGCCCUUAGGUGUAUCAAAAUUCCAGUUAAAAAGUUUAGUUCACUGACGGAAACACUUUAUCCUCCAAAAGGAAGGCAGGCUUCACGUCCUUCACCUGUUCAAUAUGCUCUAGAACAACAGGAAAUUUUGCCAGCUAAUGAUUGCCUUUCUUCCAGUGAGUCAGCUGGUAGCUUUUUAAAAGAAGUGGACCGAGACAUAGAACAAAUAGUAAAAUGUACAGACACCAAAAGGGAGAACCUUAAUGAGGUGGUGUCUGCCUUAACAGCACAACAAAUACAUUUUGAGCCUGAAAACAGAAACACUCAACGUAGGGAUCCCUAUUAUGGAGCAGACUGGGGAAUAGGGUGGUGGACAGCUGUAGUGAUAAUGUUGAUAGUAGGUAUAAUAACACCAGUAUUUUAUUUGCUGUAUUAUGAAAUUUUAGCUAAAGUGGAUGUUAGUCACCAUUCAACAGUGGAUUCUUCACAUUUGCAUUCAGGAAUCACACCCCCAUCACAGCAGAGAGAAAUGGAAAAUGGAAUUGCGCCAACUAAAGAAAUAAACUUUGACCAACAAGAUGAUCAUAAACUGUAUAGCCAAAACUCUCAGUCACUUGCUGCUCAACACAAAACCUAGCAAUUAGCUCAUAAUCACAGUGUUAGUGAUCACAUGGGCAUCUGGAAUUCAGUGAAUCAAUUCAAUAACCACUUCAAAGGCAGUAUUUAGAGUGAAGAUGAUUUGCUGUGUGUGGAUUUUUUUCCCCACUUUUUUCUUUUUUUGAGCCAUUUACAGUGGAUUGUGUGUAAAAAUCCCUAAACUUGCUAGUUGUUAAUGUUGCAAGUAGUCCGUAAUUUCUGUUCUAACAUUGUAUCAUUGCUCAGAGAAAUGAAUUUAAAUAUGUGUUUAGGAAGUUCUUAACUUGGAAAAUGCAUCAUUUUUCUUAUUCAAGACCAGUUAUGCUUACAUUUUAUUUUUUAAAGUAAUUUUUGGUUUAAGGUUAUUAAUGUUAAACACUAUGAAUGAUAGCAUUGGAUGUUUGCAAUUGAAAAAAAUUCACUGUGAGCCAUCAAAAUAAUGAGUUGCAAAAAAAAAAAUGACUAUUUAUGAUAGCAUGCACUUAACAGUCCAUUUUGAGACUUUUUAAAAACAUUUAAGUAGAAACAGGGAAAGUAAUGUAUAAUUCCUGUAAUAGAGGCUAAGAAAUAGACGGUUUUUUAUAUGUUGUGGUUGGGAAGUUGACAUUUGGUCACUGACACACUGGAAUAGGUCAAAGUGAAUGCUUUCUUCCCUAGGCAGACCCUACCUGUCUCUGCUCCUGUUUUUAAAAGGAUUCUAUUUGCCUCUUAAAUUUUAAAGCACUUUUUGCAGUUCUUUGGUGAAAAGUAUUACACACUUACAAAUUAGCAUUAUUUAGGAAAUUUUUACAUACUGUGAUAAAUUGUUGCUGUGAUACAUGUAGUAACAUGCCUUAAUUACAUUUAAUGCCUUAAAAUAAUACUUCAUGUAAGUUAAUAUAAUUUUUGAAUUAAAAUUAAACAUUACUUCAGAUAGUCAAAUCCAAUUCAUUAAUAGCCUGUAUGAAUUCAUUUCCCCUUUCACUAUCAAGCACAAGUUAAUGGGGGCAAAACAAAUCUAUCAUCUGCCUCUGAAAUUUGUUAGAGAAAAUGGUUCAUUAAGCAAAAACAAGGGUAAAGGGGUCUUUUAGCAUUAGCAAAUUUUAUAAAUUUAUCACUCCCUUAAUCUCUGUUUUUCAAAGAGAAACUGUCCCACUUAGACUUUUUUCUGAACUGUAGCAUCCAGUUGAGGAACAGAGACCAAAGGUUUGUGUAUUGGCCUAAAAGGGCUUGAUACUGCUGCUUUAUUAUGGAUUUGCUAAGGAUCAACCACUGUCUGGCUAAGUAAGAAGCAUUUGCACAUAGAUACCAUUGUUUAAUUUUUUAAAAUAUGUUUUUAAAAUGUAACCAAAAUGAUGCAGUAGAAGCAAGAUUUGGAGGAGUCUGGAUUGCCUUUGCUAUGUAUAAUAAAGCAUGUACCGUAAGAUAUAUAAUACCA